AUGGAGGAUGCCCUCGCACCGCCGUCUGUGACGCCGACCCCCUCCCCCCUCGCCGCCGCUGCCGUCCUCACUCGCCGGCGGUCACACCUCGACAGCGCCUCCUUCCGCACGCUCUCCCGCCUCUUCUCCCACUGCCUCCACAUCAACCCAUCGCCCUGCGGCACCGCGCCGCCCGAGCCCGUGCCCGUCGCCGCGGACCCUGUCGGUGGGGACUCCAACGAUUCCCCAGAAAGGCCUAAUGGCGCCGAUUUUGAUCGGCUGAAUGAUGUGGAAAUCGAGGCGGUGGAUGCGGGAGGCCCUUCGCUCCACGGGGCCGUCUAUCAACCGGCCGCGGCGAACCCUACCCUCGACCUGGGUGAGGCUGAGGCUCUGCAGCUCGGGGGUGCGGACGCUGUAGUUGUAGAAAGCACCUCGUGUAUGACCAGAGCCGAGGUGGAGGAAUCAGCGGUACCCGUGGUAGAAAGCACCUCGUGUAAGACCAGCGCUGAGGUGGAGGGGUCAGCGGUUGGAGCUGGACUGGCGGCGGUGGAGGACGUAUCUUUGAAGUCGGUGGAGUCUCUCUUGGAGACGAGGGUUGACGAAUCGGUAGAGGUAGCAGUGGGUGAUGAUGAAGGCCGUCUUCUGCUUGAAGCGAUGAUGACAGACUUUACAGGGUUGAUUGAUGAUGUUGAUACUGGAGUGAUAUCAGCACAGAGUUGUACAGUUUCUGGAGGUGACCUGCAGAAUAGCAAGGCAUCUGAGGAUUCGAAACAACUGGAUGGUGUUGGGAUUGAAGGGGGAGAACCUCUUAGAAAUUGUGAUCAUCGGCAGAACGAUGGUGGUGGUUUCGAGGAAGGAGAGAUUGAGGGCGAGUUUCCGGAUUUGGGUUCAGAAGAAUCUGGAGAUUCCGAGCAUGGAGAUGAAGAUGGUGAAGAUGAGAAAUUGGAAGGCAAUUCCAUCGGCAGAGGCUCAGGGCCGGAUAAAACUUGUGAUCAUGGCACACGGUUUAGGAAUUUGCACUCAACACCUGAAAUAGGAAAUGAUCAUCUUAUACUGAACAGGGAUGCUAUUGUCAGAGGUGAUGCACAAAUACCUGUUACCAGGGCUCAAGCUGUCACUUAUGAUGACGUUCUGGAUUGGAAUGAGACUCCGCUGCCUGACAAUGAGGCUCCCAACCCUGGGAAGAAGAGAAAACACACUCUGACAGAACAGAGGAAGGCUAAAAAGACGAAAAAUAAAAGAAUCAACCGGGCACUGCAACGGAUAGCUGAUGGAGUCAAAAGACCAAAACUUACUCCUGUUAUAAAGCCAAAAAAACCUUGCUACUUCUAUGACCAUGGGAAGUGCCAGCAGGGCAAUAAUUGCAAGUAUUCCCAUGAUUUUACACCUUCAACAAAAUCUAAGCCCUGCACACAUUUUGCAUGUGGUUCUUGUUUGAAAGGAGAAGAGUGUCCAUAUGACCAUGAGUUGUCAAAGUACGAAUGCCAUAACUAUAAAAACAAUGGCAUGUGUGCCAGAGGUGAUAAAUGCAAAUUCUCUCAUGUGAUGCGAGCUACAGAAGGUACUCCCACACAAGAUGCAAAGACUUCUGAUGCUUCACUGGCAUAUGAGAAAACAAACCUCAGGGAACAUACAAGAAGCCAGAAGAACACAACAGUUCACAAUGGUGCUCCUAGUAGUUCUAUCCUUAGAAACCUCGCUGGUGUCUCUAGCAAAUCUCAGAAUGUUUCUAAUCAUAUUCCAAAGGGUGUGCAGUUUCGUCCCUUUGGUAAAGGUCAAUCGAAUUUGAGCAGCCUGCACCUGGAUGCUUUGUCCAUGGAGAAGCAAAGGAAUGCAAAUGGUACUCAGCAUAACCUCGGAGGACAUGAAGCAGAAAGGCAAAAAAUUGUGAAGCAAAGUUGCCAGAAACUGAAUCUAUUGCUAGAAGAUAAGAAUUCUUCAAAAGAAGCUACUAGGCAUCCAUGUUCAGACCCGAAAAAAGCUACUUUACCUGUUGAUUCUAUUGCAACACCUGGAUCAAUACAUACUCAGCAUGAAGUCUCAGAGGCUUCUAGGAUUUUGCAGGAGUUCUUGUUUGGUGCUGGCAGUUAG